AUGAAUUUCAAGUUGAUCGCUGCUGCUCUUUAUUUGAGCAUAAAAGAAGUAUCUGAUAAUUGGAAGUCGAAUGGAGGUGUCUCGGGGUUCUCUUUAAAGUUCUUAGUGAGAAAAGCUAAAGAAGAAUUUGAGAAAAAGGACUGGAAUGCGUAUAAUGCAUUGCUUGCUGUGGCCAUUUAUGGGAUUGUGAUGUUCCCGAAUGUUCCCAAUUUUGUAGACUCGGCUGCAGUGCACAUCUUCAUGGGAAAAAAUCCUGUUCCUACAUUAUUGGCCGAUACUUAUUAUGCCGUUCAUUCCCGAUAUGAGAAAAGUGGUGGUGCCAUCACUUGUUGCCUUCAGUUGUUGUUCAUUUGGUUCCUCUCUUUGUUGCCCAGCAAAGGACCUUUUGUGAAGACAAGAGAUACACUCAAGUGGACCCACAGGAUUAUGUCACUUACUUCCUACGAUAUUCAGUGGCAAAGGUACCGAAUCAAUGUUUCCGAGGACAAAUCGGCGGAUCAUUUGAUAGCAGAGACGGUCUACUUUGAGAAGGGGUCGGAUCCAGAGAAAUUGGAGAGGAUAAUUGUGGCUUGGAAGAAGAUCCGUAAGCAUUAUGGAGCCCAUUUAGGAAAGAAAGAAUCGCUUGCUCUGACACCGUAUGUUAAGUGGAUUGAAAAGCGGGUCGGAAAUUUGUUGCUGCCAUACGACAGAGUUGCACCACUUCAAAAGCAACCUCCUUUGAUUCUAUUUGAAUUUGUACCGACAGAGCUUUACAAGAAUGCUUUGGCUACUAACUACAGGUUGCAUGAAAGAGAGCAAGAGACCAAUUUGAAGUUCUUUGAAGAGAGAGAUGCGAAGAUGAGGUUGAUGCACCAGCUCAAGCAAGUCGAAGGUGCGAGUUCAAGUCAGGCAAGUGUCCAGAGGCGUCCUUACGAGUUGCUAGAGGAAGAUUUGUAUCACAAGCAGCAAGAGUGUCUACAGUUGCAGAGAUCAGAGAAUAGUCUCAAGAGGCAGAAGCGGGAUUUAGAUAAACAGAUAGCGGAAGAGAAGGCUAAGUCUGCUCGACUUGAAGAAGAAUUGACAAGACUCCGAGCCUAG